UGUCAAUGUCACUAACGACAUGAAUGUAAAACAGCACCGAAAUGGACACAAACACGGUUUAUUUAUGUUCCCGUCUGAUUUAACAACCAUUCUCGCACACAUUAUGACUGAAAACGUGCUGAAAGUAACGGGAUUAGUGUAAAGGAGACAGACGGAGAGACCGGAAGCUCCAGGAUGUAGAGGGUUAAACAGGACGCUGUGGUGAACGUGUAGAGCUCUACUGUAGUGCACCACACACUAUAGUGCAGCCAAUGGGAUGCGCGCGCUGCAUGACUCGAGCACGGCUUGUAUGCGCUUUCACACGGGAAUAAACACGUUACGGAAGGACUCAUACGUGCUAUGAGACGCCAUGGAGUAUCGGGUUAAACCUGUGGCGUUAAACGGUGGCGCGGAGACGCGGAAAAGGUGGAGGAAGCUUAUCAGGACCCAUACAGCUACAGAGCUGGAGAUAAGAAGUUAGCCAGAGAGAAUUAUUUAAAAAAAAAAAAACACACAUCUUGUUUAAAAUAUAUACCGGACAAGAAGAAAGCCUUUACAAAUAUCUGCAUCACAAAAAUAGUUGUAUUUCUCACUUCAGUCCAGUGGCACUCGUAAGAAGAGGUCCAUUACCACCUUUUACUCUCACAAAUGGAUUAUUCAUCAUCCUUAAGCGUACUGAUAAGAGUAUUUUGGCUUUUGCUAAAUAACACACAGCUGCAACCAUGAAUUCAAACAGCUUGCAACAAAAUUUUAUCUUGUUUCUUGAAAAGACAAAAGAGGCAAAAGAGGUACCGAGAAUCCUCAAUGGGCGUCUGUGUUGUGAAAAAUGCCGCUUUUCAACCAAAGACACUGCUCUAUUUGAGAGGCACGUUGCUCAACAUGAGGAAGUGACCUUUUCCUGUACUAUCUGCAACCACAUCUCCUACUCAAGAGUUGAAUCUCAACGACAUCUUGUUAAACACAAAGGCUCGUUUCCUUACAAAUGCAAUUUUUGCUCAUACGGAGCAGUCAGGAGGGACUACAUGGUAAAACACAUUCAGAGGAUCCAUGGGAAGCCUGCAGAUGGAAUCUUGACAACUGAAUGUACUAAAAAAGUUGAAGGGACUAAAGGGAUUGGCCAACUUGCACCAAGAACUCUGGGUGGACCUUCACAUGAUAUAACGGUUGUGAGCCAUUCAGCCAGAAAUGUGUCCGGUCUACUUCCUAGUGCUAAUCAAACAAGACCUAUUGCACCAUAUCGUGUUACAAGUACAAGUUCCAAUCCACCCAUUAUUAAGCCUCAACCCUUUGUUGUGCCCAGUAGUACCCAAACUGUGGGUAAAGUUACACAAGGAAUCAUCAAUCCACCAAACAUCACUGCUAAAGAAGCAAUAGAAUAUGUUAAAAAACGGAGCGAAAAAACAUCCUUGGAAAAGACUGCUGUAACAAGUACACUUCCCAGAGUUCAUAUUGGCAUAUCUGGAGAUCGUUCAGUUCAGCAAAAGCCACCACUUCAGAGCCAAGUCGUAGGUACCACAGAGAAGACGACCACUGUUUUCAAAACAAUGCCAAAAUUACAAGUUGGAAUUCCAGUCAGUAAUAAUAACCAUCUGAAGACACUUGUCAGCAACCAAUGCGAAGCUCCAGUAGCACAAAAGGCAGUUAUUUCUGGAGCUGUACAAAAUAUUCAAGUGGCACAUGUGGCGCAACGGUCUGUUCCAUCUUCAACUAAUCCCACCGAGCGAUUCAGACAAGGAAUGCCAUCCAUAAAACCUGUUGCUCAGACACCAGGAAAAAAUAGUCAACGAAAGGCAAGACCUAAUAUCUUUGUGAGGACACCACCUAUGACUGUUGAGUCAAGUACAAAGUCAAGUGGACAAGUGGGAUAUUUAUCACCCUUAAGCCAACACAGCAGACCCUUGAUUGUAUCAGGUCCAGAAGACAGAAACCCGCCCCAGUCCAAUGUUCAAGUAGAAUUGCUAGCACCUUUAAACCAGCCCAUACAACACAACAAACCCUUAACAGUAUCAUGUCCCGAAGAGAUUACCAUCCCUGCUGGAUGCCUUGUUGAAUUGGUGGAGGUGAAAAACAUUAAUGGUACACAUGAACUGGAGCUUCGGUUAGUGCCACAGCAGCUUCCUGGACCUCAACCGAGGGACUUGAAAAGUACUACUGUAACUUCAACAACGAGCAGAUUGUCAUUUAAAUGUAGAGUCGCUACAGAUGAUAAUCAACCAGUGAACAUGGACCAGCAAAUCAAUACCCCAAAGGCAAAUGCCAUUCCUCAGCAUUUAGUUCAGCGAUCACAUCUAAAGAAACUUUUAUCAGAUGACAAAGGAAAUAUCAAAAAUGAAACCGAGGUGAAUGAGAAACUGCUUUGUUCAAGGAAAAAUGGGACACAGGCACCAGGAACGUCAAAUAAAUGGUUCCACACAGUCUCCAAGUCAGUAGUGUCUAACUCUCCAGAAUCAAACAAGUUUAUGCAACAACCAUGUGCCAGACAAAAAAAUGUUGCGGCAGAAUCGGCUAAGCCAUUGUCUCAUAUGCACUGCCCAAACAAAACCCUUUCUACAAAUGGAGUUAACAAGAACAGUACAACUAAAGGUCUUCAGUACGAGCUCAGAGCUGCCCAACCACCAACAAACAAACAGGAGGAUGCAGAAUUGAGUUAUCAAGGACUCCCUGUGAUUUCUUCUGUUUUUUCACUGUGCCCAAUUUCUCAAGAUUCUCCAAGCCACAUUCACACAAUAGAAGGAGAGGCUCAGAUAUCCAUAGUUUCCGAAUCAAAAGAAAGCCCAAACAACACUGACAACCCAAAAGUCUGUAGACCUAACCUGAAAACAGAAGAUGAAGCCAGACUGUUGACUGACCGUCAGCUUACUGAGAAAAAGGUUGAAAUUUUAGAAGAACCCAAGGCAUCUGAGGAUAUAAUGAAAGAAAAGCUAGACACCACGGCAGAGAAAACAUAUGAAAAUGACGAGGACAAGAUUUCAUCAGAACUCUGUAGAUCUUCCACCGAUGCUCUACAGACAGAUCCACCAUCCAAUAAGAAAAGUUCAUCAGGAAGCCAGAGUGAUCAAUCCAUGCAGCCUGAAAAAAUAGAGACAACAAAGUCGGAAUCGGAGAAGAGCUCGCUUGCACAGAGUGAUGAUCCUUUCGCUUCGAAAAUGAAUCCUAUAGUAACUUUGAUCAGAAUGCCAAGCUUGGAGAUAUUUUCCCUUUCAGAAUCUGCAAAUAAAGAGAAACGAGACAGCGAAGAAAGUAUAACGGCGCGUCCCGUCAUCUGCUGCAUGUCAGACCAGCAAAACCUACAGGAAAAGACAAUUAAGCUGGUCUUAAAGAGAAAAAGAGAAACUAGUACUGCCCAAGAUGAAAAGAUAGAACUAGUAUGCAUUAAUCUACCCCCCAAACCCAAGAAAGCUAAAAAAGAAAAGAAUAGAGCUAAGAAACACAAGUCCUCUAAAGACCAACAGUUGUCGGGGAAAGGUACGAUGGAAAGCAUUUGCUUGGUGCCGCUAAAAGAUGAUCAACUAGUCAAAUAUCCAGGACCAAAUCAACCUGUGGUGGUUCUGAACCAUCCAAAUCUGCUAGUCCAGAUGGCCAGUAUAGAAGGUCAGACUUCAACUAACCAGCACUGUAGAAAACCUCCUGUCCUCUCUAAUCAGGAUGGAGCCAUCCUGUCCACCCCUGUGAGGACAUGUCCUGCGUUUAAAAUGACACUGAAGAAAAUCCAGGGACAGGAGUAUCAGGUCACCGAGCUUCUUCUGAAAGGUGUCUGUGAAAACACCGUGCUCUGACAAUCUGUUUCUAAGAAACAGUGUUUCUCCUCCAUCUGUACACCUUUGGUAGUUCUUAAGCUAGCUUCUUUACGAGCUAGAUAGAUGCUGCAUUUGGUACAGUAGGAUGUAGCUGUUUGGGACAUCAGGCUCUAAGGCGGUUUGCUAAAAACAGUAUUGGAAUGGAACGAAAGACUUUCUUUUUUUUAAAAACAGUAUUUUUACAGUGUUUCAAGUACCGGUGUUUUGGAACUCUAUGUCAAUUAAACGUUACGUAGUAGUAGUACUUCUCUUCGAGGGAUCCAAAUUCCUAAUCGGGAGUAAAUCUUGAGUAAAUUGUUAAUACGUGUACAGGAAAAGCUUUAAUGAUUGUAUAUAAAGAAAUUCAUAUUUGUAUAAAGAAACUUUUUUUUUGUACAUCUGACCCAAGAAAUCAACAUUUCCAACGUCACUGUCAGAUAUUUCUGUCGUAUAUUUGAAUAUUAACCACAGAAGCGUUAUUUAAUUUUUUAAAAUUUUAAAAUUUUAUUUUUAAUUUAUUCCAUCAUAGAGUUUGAAGGCUCUCUAAAUGCUUUAUGUAUGUGAGAAGUCUGAACUCGUGUAAUGUGCCAACAUUUAAUAUCGAAGUGUUACAGGUCACCAGUUGAACUGAUGGCCGACAUGAUGUCAAAGCUUAUAGGAACUUCUUAACAUGUUUGGAUGUUAUUAAAUUCACUAUAAAUUCUGACAUACAUUUAUAUCCAUUUUAGAUUCAUCAGUCAAUGUAUAAUGUUCUUCUAGUCUGUUCCACAGAUUAGAACACACUACAGCACUGAAACCACUGAUUGUUUAAACCUGUUUGAGAUGCAGUGAAAGUUUUAUCCACUGAAAUUCAUUUAUUACACUAUACGACUAUAAACCGCAUCUCGGAACAUUUCCACAACGUCCUGGUCAAUAUCUAGACCACAAAUGUAUGUAGUUUGUUUUUGAAUUUUAUAUUGUUUAUUUGUGGACAUUUAUUUGACAUUACAAUUAUUUUCAAGUACUCAAGUGUAUUUUCAUUGCCUUUGGGUUUUUGUUUGGUUUAAAAAGUUUUUUGUUUGUUUGUUUGUUUGUUUUAUUUUUUUAAAUUAUCAAUAAAUGUUAUUACUUGCUCUUAAAUUUA